AAACUCAGUUCAGAAUUACAUACAGAUAGAUAAAUUCAACUUAAUAUGGAUCUACUGAGUAAAUUCUAUGAAGGAGUCUCAUUGUCAGUCGAGUCACUUAAUUGUUAUCGUCAUUCAAACAAAUGAAAGUAGAUAGGAUGACACGCAGAUAGGAAAAUCAAGAGUGACGAUAAAGAAACUGGGAUAAAUAAAGCGAAGAAAAUGUGGUAAAUCGAGUUGACUUAUCGCCUUUGUCUUAAUUAUUCAUACGCACCCUGAUAACUCUGCGUUUAUCAAUCAGACACGGAUACAAGUGGUUACUUUCGGAAGCGUCGUUGAACAAGCUGAUGAUUGUUCUUACGGAUGUGGACGAGGAAUUCUUAUCUCGAAUGAUGUGACCAAAUACGGCAUCUUUAUAUCGUCCAACCUUCAUCUUUGAAUCCACUUAAAAUCUAUUAGAAAAAAUAAGGAAGAAAAGUUAUACAAUUAAAAUAAGUAUAUAUUUAUAUACAUAUAUGUAUUAAUUAAAAAUUCUUCGUGAAACAUAAAUUACAACAAAAAGACUUAAGAAAAACCAUUUUUUUAUAUAUCUUUGACUCGUAAACGGAAUGCAAUUGUUAUUUAAGGCAAUUUUUUCACUUACUGUUGUAUUUAUAUUAACUUAUAUCCGAUACCACUUUCGAAGUUCUUCGAUAUAGUAUCAUAAAUCAUCAUUGUUGGCAAACAACUCAGAACUUUGUUGAUCUUUUCUGUCUUCUCUGUCAGUCACGUAUUAAUCGAUAGAUUUACAAUUGUAACAUAUUAUAUACAUAUAUAUCUUGAAAGAAGAGACGCAUAAAAAUGAAUAGAUUACGUUUGGUUUGCGUUAAUCUUGUAUUAUGCAGCUUCAUAAUUCCCAGUCUAUGCCAGGCUGUGCCAGAAUUAAAAUUGGUGCACGUUUUGUUCGCGCAUAAAUUGUACGCCCCAAGGGAAGAUAACGCGAUGAAGAAAAACGAGACCGGCAUCCCGGAAAUCUUGUCGUACAAAUACUUUACUUCCGCCGCACUGAGCUUGCCAAUGAAGGCGCAUCUUAACAUGUAUAAUUUCGGAGUGUAUCUGCGCGAGAGAUACGACAAAUUUUUAGGGGACACGUAUACGUCCGAAGUUAUGAAGAUGCACACGACGGAGUAUCCUUUAUCAAUGUUAUCUGCUCAGCUUGUUAAUGCCGGUUUGUGGCCCCCCGUGGGAAAUCAAAUAUGGUUUGAAGGCAUUAAUUGGCAACCGAUACCGACCGAAUAUCAGGAAUUGAAGGAAGAUACGUUGUUGAUGGGUUCUGUGUGCCCAAAUUUUGUUCUACAAAUGGAUCAAGUGUUGCAAAAAACUGAAACGCAGAAAAUGACAGUACAGUAUCAGCCUUUGUUCGAACAUCUUUCCCGAUAUACUAGAAGAAAUAUUAGAACGCCUACGGAUGUGGCACUUUUAUACGCUGCUUUAGAAACUAUGACUGAUCGAAAUGAAACAUUGCCGAAUUGGGCGAUCGACGUGUUUCCGCACGGUGCUAUGUACGAUGCCACUUUACUAGAGUAUGAUCUCCUUUCAACGACUCCUCUGCAAAAGCAACUUAAUGGUGGAACCUUUUUAAAAGAGAUUAUUGGUAAUUCGUUACAAUACAAGAUAGGCGAAUUAUCAGCGGAACGAAAAAUGAUAUUGUACAGUGGUGACGAAAGAAACAUUGUCGGGGUUUUGAAAAAUCUCAAUCUCUGGUCGCCUCAUAUACCUAACGAAGCAGCAGCAUUGAUAUUCGAAUUAUACUUUAAUAACGAUACAAACAUGUACGGAAUGAAGAUUAAUUAUUACACCGGUAUCGAUGGCACGAUCAUCCCUCUGAUUCUAUCAAAUUGUACAGAGAUAUGUCCACUGCGCACUUUAAUAAACGUUACUUUCGAUAUGAUACCGGAGAAUCCACAAUCUUUAUGCGGAUGGCCCAUGGAAGAUCAAUUAGAAGAAAACAAAAAAACUGAUACUUCGAAUUACAAUGGAUGCGCUUCGUGUCACAGCAAGGAAUUACUAUUAAUUUUUACCUUAUUAUACUUUGUACCUUUUGCUGUGAGAAUGCUUAAAGGGGAAUAACAUUUACCGCAUAUAAUAGAAAAUGUUUACAUUCAAUAGAAACAUGUUUAUAUAUUAUAAUAUAUUUAUAUAUUAAACAUUUAAUAGAAACAUA